AUGUCUUACUUCGUAGUGCUAGAGACUGGGUUUGUUAACGCCAAAGACACUGACGCGCCGAUUCCCGGGAUUAAUAGACAAUGGAAAUUCCGAACAUCUUCAAUACAACCGCAAGAUGUUUACUCUCCCUCCACAACAGCAAUCAUCAGUCUAACUCCUUCGGGCAGUUCCCAUUUUCUCGAACUAUCCAACUCUGACCUCUCUGCGGCUACCAGUGACUCGGAAAUGGGCGUGGAUUCAGUACUUAAAGAUUUAGACGUGAUAAUUAAGGACAAGGCAAUUACGAUGGCUUCUCGUAUACCAGAGACUGUGCUCGUGGACGAAAACUAUGGUGUCCACAUCGAACCUAAUUUAUGGAACGAGUAUAAACUGAAUGUAAUCAUUGGGGUUGCCGCAGUAUUUUUGAUAGGAUUACUUUAUCUCUUGGCGAGGCGUAUUAACCCAGAGGCCCAAAAUAGCGCGAUUUUCACACUUGCGCUCGUUCUUUAUGACUUUGUUGUUGACGUCGCUUUCAUUGUGAUGAUGGAAAAGACGUGCAGCAUUCUCAUCCUCAUAAUCGCGGUGGUCUACAGCGUGACUAUGGCUUUAUACAUAAUGAUCACUGAGAAUACACGCUCGUCCAAAUUCAUUUUCUGGACUCAAUCAUACUCACAGAUUGCUGCCGUUUUCACAGUCAUAGCUGCUGCAAAUAUUGAAGUCUUGACUGUGAUAUGUGUAAAUGGCCGUUUUUCUCAGCACCCUUCAGUGAACGAGCCCAUCGUAUAA